UCCGGUUGUAACGCGCACCCGGAAGACGAAGAUAGGAUGCGUGCUUUUCUACUGCCUGGCGCCGCUUUCAUAUGCUCGCCUUAUAAACACGUUUUCAUGUGAAUUUCGAUUUUUUUUUUACGCUCGCAUAAUUUCCCACGAUGUUAUCAUUUGAUUUCCUCGACGACGUGCGUCGCAUGAACAAGCGGCAGCUCUAUUACCAGGUGCUGAACUUUGGCAUGAUAGUUUCCUCGGCUCUGAUGAUCUGGAAGGGUCUCAUGGUGGUCACCGGCAGCGAGAGUCCCAUCGUUGUUGUUCUCAGUGGUAGCAUGGAGCCAGCUUUCCACAGAGGAGACCUCCUCUUUCUCACCAACCGUGUGGAGGACCCCAUCCGAGUGGGCGAGAUCGUGGUCUUCAGGAUAGAAGGCCGAGAGAUCCCAAUUGUACACAGAGUUUUAAAGGUUCAUGAAAAGGAAAAUGGAGACAUUAAGUUUUUGACCAAAGGGGACAAUAACGCUGUGGAUGAUCGAGGUCUGUAUAAGCAGGGACAACACUGGCUCGAGAAGAAGGACGUGGUGGGACGAGCGCGGGGGUUUGUGCCGUAUAUUGGAAUCGUCACCAUCCUCAUGAACGACUACCCCAAGUUCAAAUAUGCCGUUCUCUUCAUGUUGGGUCUCUUCGUGCUGGUCCACCGGGAGUGAAAUCUAUGUCCAGGAAAGAGAGAGAAAAAAACAAAACCUCAAGUCAGCAAUUGAGUUCCACUCUGUCCAACUUUUCUUUUUGUACCAUUUGUUAAAGCAUUUUGUAGAAAUUGGAAUAGCUUUAAAAAUAUUUUUGUGAGGGAACAAGGCUAUUAUUAUUAUUAAUAAUAAUUAUUAUUUUCAAGUGGAGCAUUCUUAAACAUGGUUUAAGCACUGUUUUUGCUUGUCUACUUAAUGUCUUUGAAAAAAAAAAAAAGAUGUGAAGUAUUUUAUGACAACGACAGUGCCACCAGAAAGUAUACACACACCUUCACGUUUUCCACAUUUUGCUGUUACAGACUUACUCUAAGGCGGCUUUGAGUAUAGUUUUCUUUGGGGGAAAAAAAUAAAUCUACAUAAAAUAUCCCAUCAUGACAAAGUAAAAACAUAUCUUCAAACAUUUGUGUAAAUUUAUAAAAAAUGUAAACAGUCAAACAUAGUUACGGAACAUAGCCAUUCACACCCUUUGUUAUGACACUCAAACUUAAUCUCAGGUGCAUCUGAUUUCCACUGAUCAUCCUUGAGAUGCUUCUCCAACUUGGAGUCCACCUGUGGUAAAUUCAGCUGAUUGUACAUCAUUUGGAAUGGCACACACGUCCGUAUAAGGUCUCAUAGUUUGCAGUGCAUAUCAGAGCAGAAACCAAGCAACAAAGUCUAAGGAAUUGUCUGCAGACCUCUGAGACCGGAUUGUAUCAAGGCACAAAUCUAGGGAAGGAUACAAAAGAAUUCCAUCAGCAUUGAAGGUCCCAAAAAGCACUGUGGUCUCGAUUAUUUGGAAGUGGAAGAAGUUUGGAAUCACCAGGAUCCUUCCUUGAUAUGGCCAGCUGACCAAAUAGAACUUUUUGGCCUUAAUUGCAAGCGUCAGAUCUGGAGAAGAGGAGGCCCUGCUCAUAACCUGGCUAACACCAUCCCUACUGUGAAGCAAGGUGGUGGCAGCAGCAUGCUGCGUGGCUGUUUUUCUGCUGCAGGAACUGGACGACUAGUCUGCAUAGAGUGUAAGAUGACAGCUGCCAAAUACAGAUAAAUUCUUCAAAAGAACUGGCUCCAGUGUGCUCUGGAACUCAGACUAAGGCGCCGAUUCACCUUCCAACACAACAAUGACCCAAAGCACACGGCCAAGAUGACAAAGGCGUGGCUUCAGGAGCAGCCUAUGAGUGGUCCAGCCAGAGCGCGGACUUGAAUCCAAUCCAGCAUCUCUAGAAAGACCGGAAAUAUCUAAUUAUAUAUUAGAUAUUUGAAGUCAAUCAGCUUGAUUACUGCUUCGAUGAUAAUCAUACAGUUACAGAAUACUGUAUGUGUCGAUGCCAGCCAUGGCCCAUGGUUAGGAUCAUCGACUGCCACCGUGGGGGACCUAAGUUCAAGACCCCAACUGGGCCAUCCGCCAACAUCCCCCAGACUCACGGCUGUGGUGUCCUUGAGCAAGACACUGAUACCCCGAAAUGCUCCCCUGGCGCUUCAGCUUCCCCCUGCUCCAGUGUGUUCCACUAACAUCUGUAUGUGUUCACUGUGAUGGGUUAAAUGCAGAGAACAAAUUUUGUGUACAUGCAUGCAUGUUCAUGACAAUAAAAGGUGAUUCUCUCUUCUUUUAAAAAUGGCUGCCCACUGACGCUGCCCAUCCAACCUGGCUGACCUUGAGAGGAUCUGCACGGAAGAAUGGGAGAAAAUGUCCCAAAACAGGUGUUCCAAUCUCAUAGAUGUACCCAGGAAGACCUGAGGCUGUGAUUGCUGCCAAACGUGCUUCAAUAAAAUAUUAAGCCAAGGGUGUGAAAACUUAAGUACCGUUUGUUUACAUUUCAAUAAAUUUGCACAACUGUCUGAAAAUGUUUUUUUCUUUUACUUUGUCAUUAUGGAAUGUUUUUAUAUAGCUUUUUUGAAAAGAAAACUACUCAAACCAGCGUCAGAAAAAGUCUAACAUAGCAAAAUGUGGAAAAAGUGAAGGUGUGUGAGUACCUUCUGGUGGCACUGUAAAUAUGAACAUUAUUAAAUAUGGAAUCUGGUUACCAUCCCAACAUGAAGUGUUUUUUUCCCAUGUUGCUAGAAAAUGGUCAAUGAACUAAGCCUUGUGCUGAAUGUAAUAUGUUGCUGAAAAAUAGUUAUGAACAUUGAUAAAGCAUUCUGAAAGAUUGUCAGUCAUUUUCUGGUAGCGCUAGAUGAAGAAAGAAGUUCUCAGAAACAUUGAGUAGAAUCCUGUAAAUUGUAAAAAAAAAAAAAAAAAUUUACCAAUACCAGUAGUAUUUUU